UGCCUGCAGCUCUAACAGGUCGUCGCGGUGCAGCGUAGUAAGUCCACCGAUUUAGAAACGCUGCAAGGAAGAUGAAGGGGACUUUGGUGCUGGUGUUUUGUGUACUUUUUGCAUCAACGUCGGCCCAAUUCACUGACUACUUGGAAUGGAUACAACUCAGUAGCCCAAUUGAACUGCCUGAGUCUGACGAUGGAAUUACUGGUCCCAUCACAAUCGCAACACCAGGGUUUCCUUUCUGGGAUUCAGUGCAAACCCAAGUAUUUAUUGGGACAAAUGGACUGAUAUCAUUUGGAACUGGAUACAACAGCUUUUUCAACCAAGAGUUCCCAGGAAACUUUUUUAUCAACACUCGCUACCUGGUGGCCCCGUUUUGGGACGACAUAGACAUCAGGGGUGGAAACGGGGAAAUUUCCUACCAGAUUUUCCAAACGGGCGACGAGAUCGACACUGUGAACAGUUUCCUGCAAAGUCAAACCAACUACACGUCGUUUGAGGGAACGUGGAUGAUGGUUGUGUUUUGGGAUCAGGUUCACCCCUACCUUGGGAGCUCAAAUUCAGAGGAGAACACCUUUCAAGCUGUUCUGAUAACUGACGGUGUUGACUCGUUUACUGUGUUCACGUACAACUGUGGCCUCAUAGAGUGGGACAAUGGUGGUUCUAACAUUGUUGGUUUCAACGCAGCUGGGCAGGCAUAUGAUAAUGAAGAACCAUCAGGUAUAGAUCUUGCCUGUAUCAACGGAAAUGCAUCAAAUUGGAGCAAUGUCGUGUAUACGCUCUCAAUGACGACUGAAAUCGCUACGGAGCCAGCUCAGCAAUUCACACUGGAUUUUAUCAAUAUUGACACUCCUGAUGAAACUAUGUUUCCUGCAAUGACUGCAGUCAGAAGAUAGUCUUUCCAUACAACUUUCCCUUUGGGGAAUACUACCACUCACAAGUCUAUGUAAACGACAAUGGAAUCUUGUCAAUGCGAAAUCCAUUUCCCAACAAUGACCCCUCCCGUUUCCCAUCCACUUCCCCUGACACCUACUGGGCAUAUUUGGUGGCUCCAUUUUGGUCGGAUGCUGAUCUGAGGGUAGAAGGAACAGUCAUGUGGAAGGUUUACAACCGAUCUGAUACAGAUUUCAGUCCAGUUGAUAACGUAGUUUCGAGUGACCAAAACACUUCGUAUGUUGGGUCUUGGAUGUUGGUCGUCCAUUGGGAUGGCAUUCACCCAUUCCCACACGGUGAUGAUCCAACAGCUAGCUACAACCAAAAAAGAAACAGCUUUCAAGCAGUAUUGACUACAGAUGGUACCAAGUCCUACGCCGUGUUUACGUACAAGUGUUCUUCGAUGGAGUGGGCCAACCAACCUACCAUUGGUACCAAUGCUGGAGGGACCACAUACAAUAAUAGCGAUCUGACAGGAGAAAACUAUGCAUUUAAAAUUGGAUGUGUACACACAGGACUACCAAAUGACACAAACAACGUCGUCUAUGACCUCGUUCCUAAUCCAGAUAAUCUAAUGAGCAGUCAGGCAAACCCACCAUACCACCCCACUAUAGGAUCGUGUGCUGCUGGCAACUACACGACUUGCUGCACUUCUGGUUCCUGCUUGGGAGAGCCACAAAGUUGCUACUGUGAUGCUUCCUGUUUUAAUGAUGGGACAUGCUGUUAUGAUGCUGUUGACAUUUGUCCACUCGAUCUACUGAUGAAUGACUAUCUACUUGUUGCCGAGCGUGAGUCACUGGAUCACAUUUCCUACAAUGGCACCAAUUUUGAGAAAAUCAGAACUCUCUUCAAUGGUGCCGCAGUUGGCAUUGACUACCACUUCGAAAACAACGAUGUUUUCUGGUCUGAUGUUAGCUCUGAUGCUAUAAAUCGUGCUGCACUUGACGGUACCGGAGCAUCCUACACUCUUGUCUCGUCAUACAUCUCGGCAGUUGAUGACAUUGCAGUCGAUUGGGUAGCUGACAAUAUCUACUGGAUAGAUGCAAUAUGGGCAAGAAUUGAGGUAGCUAACCUGAAUGGAAAGUUUCGAGCAGAAAUCGUCAGAGUUGGGCCCAAUACUAAUCCGAGAGGGAUAGCUGUGGACCCUGAGAGAAGGUUCAUGUUUUGGACUGAUUGGGGGUCAGACCCUAAGAUUGAGAGGGCUGACAUGGAUGGAGAAAAUAGGAUGAGUAUUGUGACUGUUGAUCUGCUGCAGCCAUUUGGAAUAACAGUUGACUAUGACAGCCUGAGAAUAUACUGGUGUGACUCUGGAUCCAACAGCAUACAAUACGCCAGUCUUGAUGGAAAUGGGAGAAAUGUGCUCCUCACGCAAGAUACUGAUGGUCUUGUGGGAGUUUUCUCACUCACUGUCUCUGGGAGUUCGCUCUUCUGGGCGAAUUCGGAGACAAAUGCAGUCUAUGUCACUCACAAAACUCGCGGAAAUGAAGAGUCAGGCACCGAUACCACCAUAGUCUACGAUAACUUUGAGUACACAAUUGGUGGAAUUGAGGCUGUUUCUUCAGGUCGUCAGGGAGAUGUAAUUAAUCCAUGUGAUGGCAGUACCUGCGAAGAGCUCUGCCUUCUGUCUACAAAUUCACUUGGGUACAAGUGUGUCAGUGCUGACAACACACCUCAAGUAACACCUGAAGCAGGGUAUUGUGCUGAUGCUAACUACAGCGAGUGCUGCACCCACGGCCAAUGCGCAGGGUAUCCUGCGACGUGCUUCUGUGACGACAAUUGCUACGACCGAGGCGACUGCUGCAGUGAUGUAAAUGUGACAUGCUCUGAAGGUUGGCUAAUGCACGAGACUUCUGUGGUUAAAUUACACCGAUUUCCAUCCACAUCCAGUGCCUCCAAGGACUCCGGUAGAUGUGAGAGUAGCUAACGUAAUGUCUACAACUGUGACAAUAUCGUGGACAAUCCCCGCGAUCCUGUACGGUGAAGAAGAGUACUAUGUGGAGUAUGGACUGGAAAGUGAUGUGCUAGAUCAAAGAAGUGCUUCUCAGUUCAGUGGAAGUGAUACGGACAUCACAGAUGUCAUUUAUACUAUCAUGCUUCAAAAUCUACACCCAUAUUACACGUACUACUUUGUAGUUACUUCAGAAAACACAGUUGCUCCAAAAAGCACCAACGUUUUCAUGUUUACAACCCUGGAAGCAGCACCGAGUGGAGCUCCACUAAACUUCAUGUUCGCUGUGGCUGAUUAACACCGUUCUUACAUUGUCCUGGGAACCGCCGGCCGAAGACAUGCAAAACGGAGACAUUAUUGGAUACACACUCAGUUGCUCUAACAGUGAUGGUGCAUCCCUUAACGUGACAGUCGACAGUCCGCGAAACAUUUCACUUGGAGUUUUCAGUGCUCUCGACGUGUCCUGUGAUAUCUACGCUUCUACAGCAAUUGGAGCUGGUCCAGUGGCAACAUCAAGUGUAACAGUGCCUGAACCAAGCGGGCCUCAGGCAUACCUUCCAUUUAUUCCACUUGAUAUCCUGGGGAGUCCGGACAUUGUGCAAUUCCCUGAAACAGACGAUGGAACCUCAGCUGCCAUCCCACUUGCCCCUGCUGGUCUACCAUUUGGGACUUCCAAUCAAACCAUUGCCUAUGUCGGUUCAAAUGGCUUGCUUUCAUUUGGAGCGGCUUACAAUUUCUUCGGCAAUCAGGCAUUCUCUUCGACAAACACUCGUUACUUGGUUGCUCCAUUUUGGGAUGAUGUUGAUAUCAGGAGUGACAGUGGAGAUAUAUUCUAUCAGACACUUGAUUCUGGACUGUUUUUCGAGAGUGUGAAUGACUACAUUAACUAUGUGAGGCCAACAGAGUUCAGGGCUACAUGGAUGCUGGUAGCUUAUUGGGUUGCGGUCAAUCCCUCCCAGGAGCUUCAAGCUCACAGGAAAACACGUUUCAAGCUAUUGUGGCCACAGAUAGUACAUCCACCUACACCAUAUUCACCUACAAGUGUGGCCUUAUGGAGUGGGGCUCUUUCGGAACCAUUGGCUUCACAGCUGCCAGCAAUCCCUUUUACAACAACGACCCUUCAUCCAAUGAAAUUGCAUGCGCUAAUACACCAGAGUCAGAUUGGAACAAUGUGGUCUAUCUGCUAAGUGACAACAACCCUGAGAUACCACCACCAAGCGAUUUGCAGUUUGUGGAUAUAACAAAUUCGUCUGCUAGGGUUGUAUGGACAAUACCCUUUGUCUCUGUGGAGCAGAGCUACACAGUUUUGUAUGGAUACUCUGCAGACACAAUCAAUAUGACUGCUGGUACAGUCCAGGGCAACAAUCUUACGAACCAGACCUAUACGUUGGAGAUUACCGAACUCGAACAAGCCACUACUUACUACGUCCAAGUAUUGUCAACAUUCGACAUCUACACCCUCUACAGUGACGUAGUACAAUUCACGACCAGAGAGAGUCCACCUAAUGGAGCGCCCAUGAAUUUCAUCGGUGUUGCUGACGGUCUCGGCAUCACGUUCACAUGGAAUGCACCCCCUGGAGGGCUGCUAAUAGAUUCAUACACCCUUACUUGCAUGUAUGGGGGCAGUUCCACACCCACCCAAGU